AUGCCCAGCCCCCCCCCCCCCUACCUUCAGGGCCCAACAAGCUAUAGGUGGGUAUCAAAAAUGCUAAACACAGUAAAAAAAAAAAAAAAGCCUCAUGCCCCUGACCUCGAAAGAGCCCCUAAUUUCGCAGCGUUGGAUAUGACGAGUACGGAGAGGCUGCUAAAAUCUCAAAAUCAAUGGAAGUUGCCUGCAUCACGAAGAACUAUGCUGACGAUCUGUACCUACAAUGCACGUACACCUGCAGCCGAGUCCUCGAUAGAAGACUUGUUUAUGCAAGCAAGAAGGAUAUGCUACGACGUCAUUGGCCUGGCCGAGAUAAGAAGACGCCAGCCUUUCAGCGCCGUCUAUGGCACCGGAGAAGAACUGUUCCUCGGAACAUGCGACAGUAGAGGAGUCGGCGGCGUCGGCGUUCUCGUCAACACGAGUUUGUCCAUGAACAUCGAUUCAUUCGAACAACUUACAACCCGAAUCGGACGUUAA